CCCCGGCAGGUCCUGCGCAUCCUGGAGCGAGGGGGGGGCUGCAAAGCGGCCCCCGACGACCUGAGCGCCGUCCGCAACAACACCUACCAGAUGCUGAACCUGCUGGCUGAGGACCGGCCCCGGGGGGACACCACCCCCGGCCCCAUCCUGGACUUCGUGGCCUCCGAGAACCUGCUGGAGAGGCUGCUGAGCUGGCACCUGCAGGGGGACUUCGGGGAGGAGCGCAAGGUGGAGCAGCUGAAGCUCUACGAGAUGCUCAUCAGCCAGGCCCGGCAGCCCCUGCUGCGGCACAAGCCGGUGCUGACGCCGCUGCUGCGGCUGCUGAGCCUCUGCGCCGAGCCCACCUCCCCCCCCCUGGAGAACAGCCUGGUCCUGCUCCUCAACCAGCUCUGCGUCUCGGUGGCCAAGGAACCCGCCGUCCUGGAGCUCUUCUUCCACAGCCCGGCCGACCAAGGCCCCGCCAACCUCAUCAUCUUCUCCCUCCUCAUCCCCUUCAUCCACCACGAGGGCGUGCUGGGCCAACAGGCCAGGGACGCCCUGCUCCUCAUCAUGGCCAUGUCGGCCAGCAACCACGCCGUGGCCAAGUCCAUCACCGACAACUCCUACUUCUGCCCGGUGCUGGCCACGGGGCUGAGCGCCCUGUACUCCUCCCUGCCCCGCAAGCUGGAGGCGCGGGGGGACGACUGGCACUGCCUGCGCCGCGAGGACUGGAUGGGGGUCUCCUCCCUCGUCCUCUUCAUGAACUCCCUCGAGUUCUGCAACGCCGUCAUCCAGGAGGCCCACCCCCUGGUGCAGAAGCAGCUGGGGGACUACGUGCACAACGGGUUCCUGGUGCCCGUCAUGGGGCCGGCGCUGCACAAGAGCUCGGUGGAGGAGAUGAUCGCCAGCACGGCCUACCUGGAGCUCUUCCUGCGCAGCGUCAGCGAGACGGCGCUCCUCAAAACCUUCCUGCGCUUCCUGCUGCUCCACCGCCACGACAGCACCACCAUCCUGGACACCCUGGUGGGCCGCAUCAACAGCAACUCACGGCUCUGCAUGGUGUCCCUCAGCCUCUUCCGGACCCUGCUCAGCCUCAACUGCGAGGACGUGAUGCUCCAGCUGGUGCUCAG